CCACGCUGAGGUAACGGCUAAUCCCUUAAUGAAAGUUUCGUUUUAGAGAAAUGGAGAAAGACUGUAGUAGAUAACGCUGCUGCUGAGCUCUUUACAGUCAUAGCAUAUCUGGCAGGAACAGGAGCCGAUCACAAAUGCGACAUGGACAGAAGUAACUGGGUUUCGGCCUUUCUAAUGCAAUGGCUGCUCAUUUGUGUUGGCUCCUCUCCCCUCUCAAUGGUUGUCUACACCUCAUCGAAGGUUGGUCUGCCAGCUGUGCUGCCAUGUGCUGUGGGAUCACACCUGGACUCUGGUCAAACGCCUCACAUUCAGUGGCAGACCAUAACCAAUUCAGUGUUGGAGCGAAUGGGAGAGGAACUCUUUCAGGGAGAGGCUUACAGAGACCGGGCGGAUGUGCCUGAGGAAAUGCUUAUGAGGGGAAACUGCUCUCUGUUCUUGCGGGAUGUCAGAUUCAGCGAUGCAGGUGUUUGGAGUUACCUGGUGGUUGGUGAAUCAAGUAUCAAGAACCGAAUUUUCAUUCAGAGUGUUCAUCUUGCAGUUGUUGAUCACAGGAUCAUCAAGCCUGUGGAGACUGGAUCAGACCUGAUCCUGGAUCUGUACACGAAUCAAGCUGAGCAAGUGAUUUUUCAAAACAAAAAUGAAACCAGAUGGACAGUCUUGUGGGAAAGAGGUGCAGACAUAAGCAAGAAAGGCUAUCCAAAAGAGAAAGACAACAAGUUGGUUUUUAGGAGGGUUACGGCCAGCAGUGCCGGAACAUACAAAGUUCUAGACUCACAGGGUUUGGCGCUCAGCACAGUGAAGGUCACAGUUAAAGAACAUGUGCUAGCAAAAGAAACAGAAUCUCUUCGAAUACAUUCUGUAUUAGGUAAAGCUACAAUGAGUAUGCCUCCUUUAAGCCUCAUUAUUCUUUUCCUCUUAUUUCACCUAAUGCUUCAAAUGAAUUGAAAUCAUUCUCAUUUUAAUUGUUUUUUUUCUUUUCAUUUUAAUGGUAGCACUUUGCAAUAAGGUCCCAUUAGUUAACAUUAUUUAAUGCAUUAACUAACAUCAACUAACAACUUUGUUAGCACAUCAACUUUGUUAACAUUAGUUAAUUAAAAUACAACUGUUCAAUCUUAGUUCAUAUUUUUCACUGUUAGUUCAUCUUAACUGAUGUAGUUAAUUAAUGUUAACAAAUGGAACCUUAUUGUAAGCUCACUAUUCCCCGGUUUCACAGACAAGGCUUAAGCUAGUCCUAGACUAAAAUGCAUGUUUGAGCUGUUUUAACUGAAAGCAACAUAUACUGAUAUAUCGUAAAAUAUGUCAGUGGCAUUGUUUUGUCUCAAUAUGCACACUAGUAAUGUUUUUUCUAGUGAACAUUUAUAAAAGCCACAUAAAUGCCCUAAUUGAACUAAGGUUUAAUCCUGGCUUAGGCUAAACCCUGUCUGUGAAACCGGGCCAAAAAGUAUGAAGUAGUGUGUGAUUACGUGAAACCUGUGUGGAUACUUUUGUAGUGGUUGUUUUACUGUACUGUACAAUGAAUUGUUAAAAUACAUUUAAAUAAAGAGAGAAUUAAUAUAUGUAUAUAUAUAAUCAAUGUAACAAUAUGUAAAAUAUUGCAAUGCCUAUAAUCCUCAGAAUCCGACAGGUAUAAAGGGGCAAACCCUCACAUCAAUUGCAGGGGUGUGUUUCCCGUACAAUGACGUAACUUUGCCAUAGUACAAUGGCAUUGUUGAAGAAAUCAACUAGCUAGUCAUGACUGUUUCCCGAAACUUUAUUGUCACAAAUUGCGCACUCUUCAAAAAUGGCGUUUUAAAUCUCUUGAAAAUCUAAAAGAAGUUAAUGACAUUUGUAUUUAUUUGAAAUAAAAGACUUUACUGAA